AAAAAAAUAGGUCAUAUGGUCCCCACGUUGCCAAUAACAGCAAAUAAUUUUAUGUUUACCUAUUUACAUAGGUAUUGUAUAGAAAACAAAAUCGUUGAUUUAUUCUUAAAACUAAAAAAAUGAUACGUAUGAUAAUUUAUUGCUAAAUUAGCUUAUGUAUUGAGCAAAAAUUUCAAAUUUAUUUUACUUUUUUCGCACUCAAAAGUUGAUGCCUUUUUGAAAAUUCAGUACGUCUAAUACAGGGUGGCAACAUUGCCACCUACUAACAUGAAUUCUUAAACAUAACCUUAACUUUUCUCUGUGUCAUCGAUAAAAAUAAGUGAAAACCAGAAUUUAAAUAAUAACGAUGUUCGUGAUGUACUAACAAGUCGAGAUGUUGUAAUAGUAAACACGCAGCUUUCUAUUUAUCAAGAUGUUCAAAAUCCUGGGACCUCCUACUAGGAAUUUUGCAAUUUUCAAGCAACAAGCCAUCUGUGAUAAUGUUUUGAGUAAAAAUAGAAAAUUAGGUCUUCAGAAUCAUUACAGUGGUUUAUCUGCAAAUACAUUUUGUUUAGUGUCUAGUCACAAUAAUACUAUAAGUUCAAAUAAUCGAAAACAAACAUCUUUACCUCAAACGAGAAACUUUUCUUUUCAAUCCUCCAUACAGUCCUUUGCAGCUACACAAGCAGGAAUUUUCAAAACUCUUUCCGAAAGCACUCCUGUUGAAUAUUGCCAAAAAUACUUAAUCUACGUUCAUGAGUUAACAGGCUUACCAUGGUGGGCAACCAUUAUCAUCUCAACUAUUCUUGUAAGAUCAGCUGUAACCUUCCCUGUGGCCAUAUAUCAACAAACUAUAGUGGCCAAACUUGAAAACCUCAAAUUAGAACUACCAGAAUUAGCAAAUGAAUUAAAACGUGAAACAGCUAUUGCAGUAAGAAAAUUCAAUUGGGAUGAAAAAACUGCUAGAAUAACAUACCAGAGAUCAAUUAGAAAACAAUGGAAUAAAUUGAUAGUGAGAGAUAAUUGCCAUCCAUUUAAAACAACCAUUUUAUUAUGGAUACAACUUCCAUUGUGGGUAUCAUUAUCCAUUAGUUUAAGAAAUUUAGUUUACAUGUUACCUGUUACGGAUAUCAAUGCUCAGUUGACUUACACUGAACUAAUGGUGGGAGGUUUUAGUUUUAUACCAAAUUUAACCAUACCAGACAGUUCAUGGAUAUUUCCUGUUGGCUUAGGACUUCUAAAUUUGGCCAUAAUUGAAAUUCAACUUUUAUCAAGAAAUUCUACAAUGGAAAUGAGCAAAGUGCAAAAAUAUCUUACGAAUGCUUUUAGAGUUAUUAGUCUUGUUAUGGUGCCUAUAGCUGCAUCAGUACCUUCGUGUUUAGUUUUAUAUUGGACUACUUCAAGUGCCUGUGGCUUGGCUCAGAAUUUGUUUUUGUUAUCUCCAAAAGUAAGGAGAUUGUGCAGGAUUCCUGAGACUGUAGUAGAAGUGAAGCAACCAUACACAAUGAUUAUAAACAAAUUCAAAUCUAAACUAAAAAUGCAACAAAUCAUGCAAAACGAAAUAACGGUUCAUCCCCUAACCGACAGGCCAACAGCGGCUUGGAAAGAAAUAAGCCGAACCCAAAAAAUCAUCAAAAUCAAUGUGAAGAUUCCACAGAAACCUGUUGAAGAAAAGAAGCUUCGGAUCGUGUGCAUGAGUGACACACAUUCUCUAGUCAGAAAUAUUACCUUUGAUAUACCAGAUGGGGAUGUUUUUAUACAUGCAGGAGACUUUACAAAGUGCGGAGAAAAGGAAGAAGUUAUUGCAUUCAAUAAAUGGAUUGGUACUUUGCCUCACAAACACAAAAUUGUAAUAGCUGGAAACCACGAAUUAAGUUUUGAUGAAAAAUUCGCUGAAGCCUUUAAAAAGAAAUUUAAAAAAUUCGUCGAAGAUGAAGUGCCACAUUAUGGUAGAACAAAAGAUAACAUUAACGAAGCCGUUAACACUGAAAAUAUUAGACAAUAUUUAACAAAUUGUACUUACCUCGAGGAUUCCGGAGUAGAAAUUUGCGGUAUUAAAAUUUAUGGGACACCUUGGCAACCAGAAUUUGGAAAUUGGGCUUUUAACUUAACAAGAGGCCAACAGUGUCUUUCCAAGUGGAAUUUAAUUCCCAGUGACACCGAUAUUCUAGUCACUCACAGUCCUCCUUUAGGUCAUGGAGAUUUAGUUUGUUCUGGAGUUAGAGCUGGAUGUGUCGAAUUAUUAUUAACGGUACAAAACAGGGUCAAGCCUAAAUAUCAUGUAUUUGGACAUAUACACGAAGGCUAUGGUGUAACUUCCGAUGGAAAAAUAAUCUUCAUUAAUGCUUCAACUUGUGAUAUCAAUUAUAUACCUAGUAAUUUACCAGUUGUUUUUGAUAUACCCAUACCAGAUGGACAAAAAAAAUGA